UACCCAAAUAUUUUCUUAUAUUUCUUAAAUUUAAAUGCCAUCUACGGUCCGUCUAUUGCACAAUAUCGAAGGAGUUGCCUUAACUGAUAUAUUUAAGCAUGUAAUAAAUUAAAUGUACAGACUACUAGAUAGUGUAUUUUCCAGAGAUCCAAUUUUAGCACCAGACAUCAUUUUCUACAGAACUAAGAUGGGGAAAAAGUUCAAGCAAGAUUGCGACUUUGUCCAUAGUGUUGCGGAAGACAUUAUAAAUAACCGCAGACGUUCACUGGAAAUUGAGGAUGAUGUUAGCAACAGAAAAUAUCUUGACUUUCUAGAUAUUUUACUGACAGCAAAAGAUGAAAAUGGUGCUGGUCUGUCAGACAUAGAUAUAAGAAAUGAACUGGAUACGUUCUUGUUUGAAGGUCAUGACACAACAGCGAGCGCCAUCUCGUGGAUUUUGUAUUCUCUUGCAAAACAUCCGGAAUACCAGGAGAAAUGUCGGAAAGAAAUAAACGACCUGUUACAGGGAACGACUUGCCGCAACUAGAAUACCUAAGUAUGUGUAUAAAGGAAGGCAUGAGAUUGCACUGUCCAGUAGCUAUAGUCGGUCGUGAAACAACAAAACCCUUUGACCUAGGUGACAUUACGAUUCCACCAGGGACAGGA